AUGGGGAAGGCGAAAGCAAAAGGUAAGCAUCGUUUGGACAAGUGGUACCACUUAGCCAAAGAAACCGGUUACAGAUCCAGAGCAUCAUUCAAACUCCUUCAAAUCAAUGGAAAGUUCGAUUUCCUCAAUUCCGCACGCGCCGUCCUUGAUCUCUGCGCCGCACCCGGAGGUUGGAUGCAGGUGGCGGUCAAACAUGUUCCCCAGGGCAACCUUGUCAUCGGAGUUGACCUUGCCCCCAUCGCUCCCAUGAAUGGAGCCACCGCCAUUCAGGAGGAUAUCACGAGACCUGAGUGCAAGUCACGGAUUAAGAAAAUCAUGAACCAAAAUGGUUGUAGUGUUUUUGAUGUUAUUCUUCACGAUGGUUCACCGAAUGUCGGUGGUGCUUGGGCUCAAGAAGCUACGAGUCAGAAUGCUCUUGUUAUUGACUCUGUUAAGUUGGCUACACAGUUUUUAGCACCUAAGGGCACGUUUGUCACCAAGGUUUUCAGGUCGCAGGAUUACAGUGCUGUUGUGUAUUGUUUGAAGCAGUUGUUUGAGAAGGUUGAGGUGGAUAAACCGCUUGCCAGUCGAUCUGAAUCUGCUGAGAUAUAUCUUGUGGGGCUUAAGUACAAGGCUCCUGCUAAGAUUGAUCCUCGCCUUCUCGACUACAAGCAUCUUUUUCAGGCAUCUGCUCAGCCGCAAGCCAAGGUGGUGGAUGUACUUAGAGACAAUAAGCAAAAGAGGCACCGUGAUGGGUAUGAAGAUGGAAUCACAACUUUGAGGAAGGUUUCUUCAGCUGCAAGUUUUAUUUGGUCAGAUGCUCCUCUGGAGAUUCUUGGUUCAGUUACUUCUAUAAGUUUUACUGAUCCAGCUGAUUUACAAAUCAAGGAUAACAAACUAACUACUGAAGAGGUAAAAUCUCUCUGUGAAGAUUUGAGGGUUUUGGGGAAGCAAGACUUCAAGCAUCUUUUAAAGUGGAGGAUUCACAUUAGAAAAGCUCUUUCACCGUCUAAAAAGACUGAACCUGCUUCUAUAGCUGUAGUAGAAAAUGAGAAUGAGGUGGAUGAAGAUGAUAGACUACUCAAUGAAAUGGAGGAACUGACAAAUGCACUGGACCGCAAGAAGAAACGUGAAAAAAAGAUUCUAGCGAAAAGAAGAGCUAAGGACAAGGCGCGGAAAGCAACAGGGAUGCAAAUUGAUGCAGUAGAAGAUUAUGUUGAUCAUGAGUUGUUUUCCCUUGCCUCGAUCAAGGGUAAGAAGGAUCUGGUAGCUGUUGAUACCACUGAUUAUGAAGGUGGUGAGGGCGAAGAGGAUGACAGUGAGAAUGAAGAAAACAAAGGUGGCUCAGAACAUUCAUCCAGUGAAUUAGAUUCUGACGAAGAACGGAAAAGAUAUGAUGAACAAAUGGAAGAUUUACUUGAACAAGCUUAUGAGCGGUUUGUGAUAAAAAAGGAAGGGACUGCAAAGCAGCGUAAGCGUAUUAAAAACUCCUAUGAUGUAGACUCCCAACUUUUGGAGGCUGGUGAAAAUGAUGACAUUGUUCAGUCCAAUUAUGAUUCAGAAGAUGAUGUUCAAGAAGCAAACCCUUUGAUGGUGCCCCUCAAUGACGGGGCAGCGCUCACCCAAGAGGAGAUCACAAAUACAUGGUUUAAUCAGGAUAUCUUUGCUGAAGCUGUAGAAGAACAAGAUUUUGAGAGGGAUGAUAGUGAAAAUGAAAUGGAUAUUGAUGGGCCAAAGGAGAAGAUGCCCGUUGCUAUCAAGAUCAAAGGAAAUAAGUCUGUUUCUGACAAGAUAAAAGAAAAUAAGUCAGCUGAUUCUGCGAUGAUGAAUCACACUCAACCUCAAGCAUCUAAGGAAAUGGAUUUUGAGAUUGUUCCUCAACCUGAUACUGAUUCAGAUGAUUCGUCCUCUGAUGAGUCGGAUUGGGAUGUUGAAACAAAAGCUGAGUCAUUGGCUCUUGCUUCAAAGAUGAUAAGGAAAAAGAAAAGGGAACAGAUCCUAGAUGAUGCAUAUAAUAAGCACAUGUUUCAUGAUGAAGGAUUGCCCAAGUGGUUUCAAGAUGACGAAAGGAAACACUGUCAACCAGAAAAGCCUAUCACCAAAGAGGAAGUUGCGGCAAUGAAAGCACAAUUUAAAGCAAUUGAUGCCCGGCCUGCAAAGAAGGUUGCUGAGGCCAAAGCCCGAAAGAAGCGUGUUGCAAUGAGGAAACUUGAGAAAGUACGCAAGAAGGCCAAUGUUAUAUCAGAUCAGCCAGACAUAUCAGAACGUUCAAAGAGUAAGCAAAUUGAUCGACUAUAUAAAAACGCCGUUCCAAAAAGGCCUCAAAAGGAGUAUGUAGUUGCAAAGAAAGGUGUUCAAGUUAAGACUGGCAAGGGAAAAGUUCUUGUUGAUCGCAGGAUGAAGAAGGAUAUGAGAAAAAGUGGAAUGGGUAAGGCAGGAAAAAGAGGUUCCAAGGCAAAGGGCGGCAAGGCUCCAAAGGGCGGCAACGGUCCAAAGGGUGGCAAGGCUCCCAAGGGUAACACUCCAAAGGGAAAAGGAUUUUCAAAGGGCUCUGCAAAGAAGGGAAGAAAAUAA